ACGCGGUGCCUGGGAAUGCAGCUGGGACCCGUGCGUGUCCCUGGCCGUGGGCAUCGGGCUCUCGGCGCACACCCGGGGGGCAGCCCCCGGCCCAGCCCGCCCCCGCCCCGGGGACAGCGGAGCCGCGGCGAUGUGUCACUGCGGGCAAAGGGCACGGCGGGCAGGGGCAGGGACCAGCCAGGCAGCGGCAGUGGCAAGGUCCGAAGAGCCUCGCGGUGCCCGAGGGCGUCGUGCCCGGGGACGGGGCCGCUGGAUGUCACCCUUGUGCCGUGCGCGCCCAGGGCUGUCCCCUCCGCGGGCACCGGGCUGGCUGCGCACACGCGUGUGCCCGCGGCCACGCUCGCACAGCUCUGUGCGCGCCCGCACAGACACGCGGGGCUCCAGCAGGCUCCGUCCCCGCGGGAUUUCCCAACUCCUGGCUGGACGCAGCGCCCCUGCAGUCCCCCCCCCGCGCCCUGCCCUGACCUUUGCACGAAUCCCCCAGGGCGGCCGUGGGGAGGGUAUAAAGAGGGAGCCCGGGGCUGCCCCCGCGUCACAGAGCCCGGCACAGCCAUGAAGGCGUCGCUGCUGUUCCUGCUCGCCUGCACGGCCGUCCUGGCGGUGGGAGCAAGGGCCGACUCACCCGAGGAGCCGAAGGCGCUGGUGCAGAAGGUGCAGGAGCUGGCCCAGAAAGCCACGGCCAUGGCCAAGGACGCCUUCAGCAGGGUGCGGGAGUCGGAGGCGGCUCAGCAGGCCAGGCAGUGGCUGUCGGACAACGCGGAGCUGGCGAAGCAGCGGCUGCUGUGGCUCAAGGAGCAGCUGGCGGAGCUCUUGAAGAAGACUCCGGCCGCGUAGCCUCGCCAGGGGCUGCCCGGGGUCUGUCGGGGCUGGGGACCCCCGGCUCCCACCCGCUGUCGUGGUGCUCUCAAUAAAGCGGGGCUGACGCAAA